CAGAAACACGGGUGCCCACAGAGCACUGGAGAAUGACCUGAGAACACAGAGAACCAGCGUUCAGCUGCCAAGGGGCCAAGGCAUGAGCUGGGGUCGUUCUUCCCAAUGGCAUCUCCCCCUGGUCUGGAACUGAAGACAUUGAGCAAUGGUCCCCAGGUUCCAAGGAGACCAGCCCCGCUGGGCCCAGUGGCGCCAUCCAGGAUGGGUGUGGAGAAUGCUUGCUUCUUCUCUGAGGAGCAUGAGACUCAUUUCCAGAACCCUGGGGAUGCCAGACUGGGUAGCUCCCCCAGUCCUCCUGGAGGUGUCCCCUCACUUCCCCGGUCCCAGCGGGAUGAUCUUUCUCUGCAUUCAGAGGAGGGGCCAGGCCUGGAACCUGUGAGCCGCCCAGUGGACUAUGGCUUUGUUUCUGCUCUGGUUUUCUUGGUGAGCGGAAUCCUCCUGGUGGUAACAGCAUAUGCCAUCCCUCGAGAGGCCCGAGUCAACCCUGACACAGUGACAGCAAGGGAGAUGGAGCGCCUGGAGAUGUACUACGCCCGCUUGGGCUCGCAUCUAGACAAGUGCAUCAUCGCGGGCCUGGGGCUGCUCACAGUGGGUGGCAUGCUUCUGUCUGUGUUGCUCAUGGUCUCUUUGUGCAAGGGUGAGCUGUAUCGCAGGCAGACCUUCGUCCCUGGCAGGGGAUCCAGGAAGACCUAUGGCUCCAUCAACCUGCGUAUGAGGCAGCUCGCUGGGGAUGGGGGCCAGGUCCUAGUGGAGAAUGAGGUUGUCCAAGUCUCAGAGACCAGCUAUACCACACAGGGCUCUUAAGUAAGAGUCCACCCUAUCUUGCUGCUUUAGCUGAAGAGCUUGGAAGUCCCCCAAAACUUGGGGCUUCAAAGUGAGAUCCACAGAGGGCUCUGUGGAGGGAGUUUUGGUGCUGGGGUGGGAGCAGCCUGGGUUCUGGCUUAGGCCCUACUCAGGCAAGCACUGCUGAUGUGUUUUGCAGCUUGAAGUUUUUGCAUAAGGCUUUGUUUGGAGGAUGGCUUCUGCUGCUAAAAAUACAUUUUUGGAAACCACUGCUUUUAGAAGAUGAGGUUGCUUGGUAUUUCUCAGGGUUGGGACUCAUGUGAAAGGGUUGCCUCUGUUCCUCAUGCCUUGGGAAUUCUGAGACCCCUACUAUCUUCACUAGCCGAGUGAGAGUGUUGGGUGACCAUCUAGAAUAGAGCGUGGCUUCAUGGUGAUGGGAGAAGUUGGUUCUGAGUUGACCCCCCGCAGUACCCUACUGACUGAACCAUAACCCUCCCCUCUCCAGACCUCGGAUGCUCAGUCUCUAAAGUGAGGAGUAGGACUGGGUACGCCACCAUGAGCCACAUCUGCCCUGGGAAUAGGAAGCCAGUCUGCCUCUGGCCAACCUACAAAAAGGGGUGAAGGUUUUUGACAGGGACUGACUAUUGUCAGAGCCACCUUCUGGCCUGCAUUGGUGACUCGCAGUGCCAGGAGCACUUGUUCUCAUUGUCCUGCUACAGAGCCUGGGUGAAUGGGUUUGGUUCAAUCCAGAAUUUGACCCAGUGUGAAUUGGUCUUGGAAUUUGGUUUCCUAUGGUGGCUAAUUUUCUGCAGUGGUUCCUUUCAAAAUCGCACUGGGCACCUAGGUGUGAGGACGUGGUUGUAUUUCUGUGGGCAUGUUGGGG